GUGCCGAGAAUGCUUGGCAAGAAGGCUUGAAAGAACUUGGCACUGAGAGAUCGACAAGGUUGGUGGCUUGUUUCUGGCCUGUCUAGCCGACGGCUGACUGCCCUCGAGGCUCGCGCCAUCCUCGAGCCCAGCCCUGCGCUCAUAGUCUUCUACCAUGACUCCCGCGUUAUAUUCUGCAUUUUUACAUGACGCGCGCAUUUCUGCCUUGCACAGAAGCCUUGAUAUAUUCUCUACCGCAUCAGCUCGAACUGCAGAACGACGAGAAAGCAUCGCGAGACGACAAGGUGUCGGCUUAUCGCGGCACAACCAAUACCAUGUCGCAAGAGCAGGGAAAGGCUCAGGAUGCUGCGCAAAAUGCGUCAGAGCAGUCGCCCGAGACCGUGAACAAGAAGGCGACGCAAGAAGGUCAUGCAGAUAUCAAUGGCCAGCCGGAAGAAAACGAGAAGCAGACCAAGCAAGAGCCAGAUAAUAGUGCGCCCGCAGCACGAUGGGAUACGCAAAAAUCGAAACCAGGACCCUCAGGUGGAUUUGACAGCACGCCCAUACCGUCGCGACCGCCAGGAUAUACCAUAAAAGUGACGUUGCAUAGAGCAGAAAACCUUCCCAUUGCAGAUGUUAAUGGCUUCUCCUCGGAUCCCUACUGCUUAGCUCAGAUCAACACAGAUACUCCAAAUCGUCACAAGGAGGACCCACCAUUACGAUGGAGAACGCCGACCGUGCGCAAGAACACCGAGCCAGAAUGGAACGAAGAGUGGAUCAUCGCCAAUGUGCCGGCCUCUGGAUUGAAGAUGAAGGUUCGCAUAUAUGAUGAAGAUCUGGCUGACAAGGACGACCUGCUCGGCAAAGUGCAUGUAACUGUACCGCAACUAGAUGAAAGCUGGCCUGGUAUCAAAAACCAGGGAUACAAGCUCAUCGCUCACGAUGGUAGCAAGAGGGCCUACUUGCUGCAAGCUCUGACGACCUGUUUCAGACAGAACAAGCAUUUCCGAGGGUAUCUGUAUUUGAGCAUUGAGAUGCUCGGACGUACUGCGGAAGAUGGACAGAGUGGUCGAUUGUACACUGUUGGACCUUGUCGCUGGACACGGCACUACAGUCCGAUCCUUGGCCGCAUUGUUAAUGUCAAAGACCCAGACCAAGAUGAUGCAGAACAAGCGCACACCAAUGGCGCUCAGACGAACGGCCAGCAGCCGGACGGCAAGCCGAAGAAGAAAGUUGAUCACUACAACUUCCAAGCAAAUCAAAUGCAGCUCCAGGGACCUGUCCCAGCCCAGCUGUACCAUCGAUUCGUCGAGUUCAAACCAUGGGUGGGCCGCAUGUUCACGAGUGCCGGUUUGUCGGGUGUUCUUAUGAGCAAAGCCCUCCACCACCAGCACGCGCGUGUAUACAACUUCGGCCGCUCCACAGUCUGGGGUCAUUUCCCAGAAGGUCCGUCGCCUGAAAUGACCAAAAAGUUCCUCGACCUCGUACACUACGACCAAGGAGGCAGAAUAUACACCUAUGUCAUCACCUUGGAUGCGCUCUGGAGAUUCACGGAAACCGGUAAAGAAUUCGGAAUCGAUAUGCUUUCCAAACAUACCAUGCACAGCGACGUCUCCAUCUACAUCGCAUUUUCCGGAGAAUUCUUCAUUCGCAGACUCAAGCAUCGCCACCGACCCCCGCCACCAGACCCGGUGGAAUCCUCAAGCCAAUCGCAUCCGCCCCAACAUGAGGAAAACGAAGAACAUCCACCCAGCGACAUCAACGGCAGUGACGACGCACCCAAAGAUCCCGCAUCCUACGAACUAGUCAUCGACAACGACUCAGGCACCUACCGGCCCAACGCCGACCUCCUCCCCCUUCUCCAAACCUAUCUCAGCCAUCAACUCCCCGGCCUCCACAUUCUAACCCUCGACUGCAACAAAGACGCCGAACGGCAACAACGCAUGAAAAAAGAACAACGCGAACGCAAAAAAUCUUCAGGCGAGCACAUCGUCUAUACAAUGCGCAGUCGCUCUUCUUCCAUUUCUUCAUCUGACGUCGAUGAACUCGAUCACAUUGAAGCGGGACUGGAAGAUGAAGAUGCGAUUGCGCAUGAACAUGGAGUUUUCUCGCAGGCGGCGAAGGAUGCGAAGUUGAGGAAUAAGCAGAGGGUGAAUAAGUUGAAGAGGGAUUAUAAGUUUAAUAAUCAUAAUAAGCAGAAGAGGGACGGUGGGGAUGGGGAUGAGGAGGGUGCGAUAGGAGGUGAUGAGGCUUUGAGAUCUGCGCGGACGUAGUGGCGAUUCGAGAUGGUAUAGCGAUCGGGAGGCUAUUUGUACUCGGGUGUCGCUUUUCUUGGAUUCACUUUUUUGGGAGUUGAUUUCUCGAUACCCCAAAGCACGUGGCUGUUGCCAUAUUGAUGAUUGAGCUUAAUUAGCGUGCUUGUGUUGUCUUUCCUCGCGUUUAAUUUUCGGGAUUACUUUGUAUAUAGCGAUGAUCUUCAUUUUCGAUCGGCUUUCUAUCUUCCCGAGUCAGAGUCUAC